AUGGCGACGGCCGCUCUGGUCAUCAAGCUGUACGCCUUGCCCUGGAGACCCUGUGCCGCGCAGCACAAAUGUGGGGACCUGAAUCCUUAUGGCACAAGCGCCUCAGCCACCACCAUCUUCCUGCCUGUUGGAACGUGGUCCAAGAAUGCCUUGGUUUCAUUUGAAGAUGUGGCCGUGACCUUCACCAUGGAGGAAUGGGGACAUCUGCACGUGGCUCAGAAGCCUCUGUACCAGGAGGUGAUGAUGGAGACCUGUGGGCUUCUGGUGUCACUGGGCCACCGUGUUCCCAAAUCAGAGCUGAUCUACCUCCAGGAGCAUUGGCAGGGAAUGUGGGCAGUGAAGAGAGGCCUCUCCCAAAGCACCUGUGCAGGUGAAGAAGCAAAAUCCAGCGAUGACUCAAAGCCCACUGCUUCUCAGCCUUCUUUUUGUUUCCAAGAACAGCUGUCCCAGAGAUUCUCGGAGAAUCCCAGGUUAGGGCAGACCAAGGAUAAAGAGCCAUGGUCAGAAAUGCCGGGUGGGAACGCAGAGACAACAGACUCUCCCAAGGAGACAUGCCCCGGAAGGCUGAGCCGCAAACAGGACGCCGUGGAGUCAGGUGAUAGUCUCCAUUUACAAGUCUUACAGCGAGCUGCUCUACAGGAUCCUGCCUGUGAACACGAUUCCCAGGGACCAGAGAAAGAGCCUGUAGUUGACGUAGGGAGGAACCCUCAUCAAUGCCAAGAGUGUGGGAAAGUGUUUAGGAAUAAUUGGGCCUUGGUAUGGCGUCAACAGAUUCAUGCUGGAGUAAAGCCCCAUGAAUGCAAUGAGUGUAGGGAAGUCUGCUGUCACAUGGCUGACUUUAUUCAGCAUAUGAGGGCUCACACCGGGCAGAGACUACAUCAGUGCGUCCAGUGUGGGAAGGCCUUCAAACGCAGUUCUCACCUCACUGAGCACCAGCGCACACACACUGGAGAUAAACCCUAAGCGUGCAAAGAAUGUGGGAGAACCUUCUCCCAUCGCUCCACUUUCACCCAGCACAAGAUGACCCACUCUACGGAAAAGCCUUUCCUGUGCAAAGAGUGUGGCAAAGCUUUUUACUACAGCCCUUUGUUUGCGCAGCACAUGAGGGCUCA